AUGGAUCCCAACAGGUUCUUUUCAUGGAGCAUGCUUCUGUUUCUGUCCCUGGCUUGUGAGUUGAGCUACGGAUCAGGUGGAGGAGGCAUGAUGGACUGCCCGGUGAUUCUCGGGCAGCUGGGAAGUGACACAUGGCUGUCCCUCACAAAUGAGCAUCAGAUAAAUAAGAGCAGUAACAAAAGCGUCCGAAUCCUCGUCACAAUGGCAACGGCUCCAGGAAGCAAAACCAACAAGAAAAUAGUGUCUUUUGAUCUCUCUAAAGGAGGCCCUCCAGAUCACCUGGAGAAUGGCUACCAGUUUCUGUCAGAAAACCUGAGCCUCGGGAUCCUGGGAAACAGGAGGGAGAGUGAAGGAUGGUACUUUGUGAGCGUGGAGGAGAAUGUGUCAGUUCAGCAGUUCUGCAUGCAGCUGAAGCUUUAUGAGCAGGUCUCCACUCCAGAGAUUAAAGUGCUAAACAAAACCCAGGAGAAAGAGAACGGGAGCUGCAGCUUGAUGUUAGCCUGCACCGUGAAGAAAGGGGAUCAUGUGGCUUACAGCUGGAGGGAUGAGGCCGGCACCCAGCUGCUGAGCCCGGCCAACCAUUCCCACCUCCUGUACGUCACUCUUAGCAACCAGCAUCGUGACGGCAUCUACAACUGCACCGCAAGCAACCCCGUCAGCAGCCGCUCUCGGGCCUUCAACCUGUGGCAGGAAUGCAAGCAAGAAUCCUCAGAAUCAAGCUCUCGGAUACCAUAUGUUGCCGUAUCAAUAGGGGUCAUUAUAAUCAUCAUCCUGGUUUCCACUGCAAUAAUGUUCAAAAGACAAGGUAAAACAAAGCCCUGCCAACCACCAGUGGAAGAAAAGGGCCUUACUAUUUAUGCCCAGGUGCAGAAAUCAGGGCCUCUAAAGAAGAACCUCGAUGAUGCCCUGACAGAUUGGGAACCCUGCACGACCAUCUAUGUGGAUGCCACAGAGCCUGCACCAGAGUCUAUUCAGGAAACAAAUCCAACCACAGUUUAUGCCAGUGUGACACUACCAGAGAGCUGACCCAUAGAUCCCAU